AUGAGCUCAGACGAAGACGCAAGCCAGCUCAUGACUGCCUUCAAGAAAGGCGGCACGACCCGGGUCGGCGCCAACACAGCAAACAUGCGCACCUCCGCCCCUCCUCCGCGCUCUGCCACACCCAGACGCUCACCUGCACCGCAGUCGCCCGCAAAGAAGCGCGCCAUAGUCGCGGUAGACCAGUUUCUCUCUGAAUCUGGUUCAGCAGGCGAAGAAGGCAUCGACGCCGAAUCACCCCCCAAGGUUCGCAGACUACUGCACAUCCGACCGGAGCCGGUACGGAACAAGCACGAAUACACAUACUAUGAGCCGCUGGAGGAGGUCGAGAGUAUUGUGCAGGAGGUGACGGGGAACGACCAUGUUGCGUACGAGGUCAAGCUUGUUGGGGGCGCCACCAGAGAGGUCGGUUUUGACGAAUUGCUCCAACUCCCAGGUGGUCCGGAAUCACUGCGCAACCACGAGCAAGACGACACCCCCUCUUCCAGCGCCGACGACAUGAGACUCCGCGGCAAGUCCUUCAAAGCGAACAUGAACGGAUUUGUAGACAUCACCACCAUUGACAUCUCCUCCUCAGAAGACGACAUCGACGACGACCCUAUACAGCUCACGUCUAGCGAUGGGGACUCGGAAGAUACAGGCAAGAAGCGCAGAGGGCGAAAAAAGAAGACUCUGGAACCCACUCGGCGCUCUACCAGACAGCCAAUUCCUGUUCGACUUCACCAUGACCAGGAGAGCGAUGAGGAAGAAGACACCAGCGACUCGGGCGACCUCCUACGUUCAGAUGUCCUCCCUGGUCGCAAGCGUAAGCGGCGCGGCCUUCGUACCUUCAAGCCCGAGAAAGCUCGACGCAUUGGUGCUCGCCACUCUGAGCGAUCUACACGCGCCAUGAACAACAUGGAAGAGACAGGCGAGAAUGACAUAUACCGCUCAGACUCUGCGCCAAAGACCUCGGCCCCACAGUUCAAGGCAGUCAGAGAAGUGUUCGAGACACUCCCCCGCAGCAACUUGUUCCGCUCUCGGCACGCCGAAGGAUGUGAGGUGUGCUACGAUGGCCCCGGUGUUGCUCCUCUCAUAUAUUGCCAGGGCUGCUCUCUCGCAUACCACAAGAACUGUCUAGGUACCCGAAGCAGUCGUGAGCACCUCGUGACCAAAGUGGGCGACGAGCGCUUCAUCUUGCAGUGCAAGCGAUGUGUGAAUGUUUACCAAAAGAAAGACCGCUUCGCACCCAACUUGGCCUGUUGCCAGGAUUGUGGCAAGGACGGCAGCUCCUGCAAGCCCGUUCGACACCGCAAGACCACGCAGCAAGAGAUGAAGGAGCGCGAGGAGAACGACGGCGACGAUCCCAUCACCGACGUGCCCUCUGAGCUGAUCAACAACCCACACAAUGUGCUAUUUCGCUGCACCAAAUGUUCACGAGCAUGGCACUACCACCACCUGCCCCCUCUCUCGCCCUACGCUAUGGACGUCAACCGCGACGACGAGGAAAUGGCAGACGAACGCUUCCGCGAGUACUCGAACAAGUGGAUGUGCAAAGAAUGCAACAACAACGAGAAGAGAAAAGUCGGAGGGUUCGUUGCUUGGCGCCCGUCCGAUGUCGAGACCUACAGGCCCGGUACACCGUGUGAGAUGGUCAACGAAGACGACAAGCAGUACCUCAUCAAGUGGGAGAACGAGUCAUACUUCCGUGCAGCGUGGUUUUCAGGGGCCUGGACAUGGGGCGUCAGUGCGCCUGCGAUGCGGAGAGCCUUCUUCAAGAGGGAAGACGGUCCGAAGAUGCGGUCCGAAGACGCGAUACCGGAAGAGUAUCUACGCAUCGAUAUCGUCCUCGACAUCAAGUUCACCAGCUAUGUCGAGAUUCGCUCCGAAGAGAUCGACAAGGCUCGCAUCAAAGAGGUCGACAAAGCCCUGAUCAAGUACAAAGGCCUCGGCUACGAAGAUGCUGUCUGGGAGAAAGUGCCUACACAAGAAGAUGGCGACCGAUGGAUCGACUUUGUCACGGCAUACAACGAUUGGGUUGCCGGGCGAUAUGUCAAGAUCCCCAAGCAAGGUCCGCUUAAAGCCCGCCUUGAGAAAGCUCGCAACACACCCUUCGCCAAGCUCGAACGACAGGCCCAACCAGAGAACCUCGUUGGUGGAGAACUGAUGAAGUACCAGAUGGACGGUCUCAACUGGCUAUACUACCAAUGGUACAAUCAGAAGAACGGCAUUCUGGCUGACGAGAUGGGUCUGGGUAAAACGAUCCAAGUCAUUGGUUUCAUGGCAACGCUGGUCCAGGAACAAAACUGUUUCCCCUUUCUCAUCGUCGUUCCGAAUUCAACCUGUGCCAACUGGCGCCGUGAGAUCAAGCAAUGGGCACCUUCCUUGCGCGUUGUUGCCUAUUUCGGGUCGUCCCAAGCUCGCGACAUGGCAUACAAGUACGAGAUGUACCCUGAGGGCACCAAGGACCUUCGAUGCCACAUUGUUGUUACCUCCUACGAAGCUGCCUCAGACGACAGCUGCAGGAGGUUUCUUCGGGGCGUCAACUGGGCAGGUCUCAUCACCGACGAAGGCCAGCGGUUGAAAAACGACAAGAGUCAACUGUACACCGCCUUGUCGGCAAUCAAGGCACCGUUCAGGUUGCUCAUGACCGGUACGCCUCUCCAGAACAACGCCAGGGAGCUUUUCAACUUGCUGCAUUUCUUGGACGAGACCAUCGAUGCCGCAGCAAUCGAGGAGGAGUAUGCGGAGAUGACUUCUGAAAACAUCAAGGAGCUCCAUGAACAGAUCCGACCCUUCAUCCUCCGCCGUACCAAAGCGCAAGUGCUGACCUUCCUUCCCCCACUCGGUCAGAUCAUCCUACCCAUCUCCAUGAGCCAUCUGCAAAAGCAGGUUUACAAGUCGAUUCUGUCCAAGAGCCCUGAGCUUCUCAAGGCGCUUUUCACCUCAGACAAGGGUCUCAAACAGCAGGAGCGUGCUAAUCUGAGCAACAUCUUGAUGCAGCUGCGCAAGUGCCUCUGCCAUCCGUUCGUGUACAGCCGCGAGAUUGAAGAGCGUAGCGAUGUCGCAGCAGUCUCUCACCGCAAUCUUGUCGAGGCCUCUGCGAAACUGAGCCUCCUCGAGACCUUGCUCCCGAAGCUGAAGGAGCGCGGACAUCGCGUUUUGAUUUUCAGUCAGUUCCUGGACAUGCUCAACAUUAUAGAAGAUUUUCUGGACGGCUUGGAGAUGGCCUAUCAGCGACUAGACGGCACCAUCGGCUCGCUGGAGAAGCAGAAGCGUAUCGAUCAGUUCAACGCUCCCGACUCGCCUCUAUUUGCCUUCUUGCUAUCGACCCGCGCUGGUGGUGUGGGCAUCAAUCUUGCGACAGCCGACACCGUCAUCAUUCUUGAUCCUGACUUUAAUCCGCAUCAAGAUCUGCAGGCCAUCGCAAGAGCUCACCGCAUUGGACAGAAGAAAAAGGUGCUGUGUUUCCAGCUUCUGACACGAGCUUCUGUUGAAGAGAAAAUCGUGCAGAUGGGUCGCAAGAAGAUGGCGCUCGAUCAUGUCGUUGUAGAACAGCUCGACGCUGACGAGGACGAAGAGCACGACGUCGAGUCUAUUCUCAAAUACGGCGCUGCUGAACUCUUCAAAGACGACACGGCAGAUCGCGACAUUCGAUACGACGAUGCAUCAAUCGAGAAGCUGCUUGACCGCAGCCAGAUCGAAAACACGAAGAGCGCGGCCGACGAUGAUUCAGCCAAGUCGCAAUUCAGUUUCGCCCGUGUUUGGGCCAAUGACACAGGCUCUUUGCAAGACAAUCUCGAUAUCGUUGAAGAGGAGGUCGCCCCAGAUCCAGGUGUAUGGGACAAGAUCUUGAAGGAGCGCCAAGCGCAGGCUGCUGCUGAAGCCCUUGCCCGAGCACGCGCUUUGGGCAGAGGCAAGCGCGCCCGAGCUAACGUCGACUACAUGACCGAACAAGAGAAGGUGCAAGCAGCUGCAGACGACAGCGACGAAGAAGCAGCACCCCCCUCGCCCGUCAAGAUCGACAAGAGGAAGAAGCAGAAGAAACGAUCCGACUCCGAGAGCGAUACUGAUUUCCAAGCCGAAUCUGACGAGGAUACCGAUGUGGAGGCUGAAGUACCGGAGGUCGAUGUGCGGCAAGAGCUCGCAGAACCUGAUCAGCAGCAGAAGGUUGGCGAUCUCGCUCAUCAUACUCAGUCUCCAUAUCCGCCAAAGGGUGGAGAGACGCUUUAUCUCCCGGGUCAGAUUACUCCUGCUCCUGUGCAGCGCAGCCCUGUCAACCCACCGAAGCAGAAAAGCAGUGGUAAGCCGCAAGUUUCAUCAACAGUCACAGUCGUCAAGGCUACACAUCCGACCUCCCAGAAAGACGCCAAAGAGCCAACAAUUAUCUCGUUGAUCUCACCUCCAGCAUCUCCGACAUUAACACCAGUGUCAUCAGUGAAACCCUUCGUCCGCGCACAAAUCCCCAUCCGCUCCCCCUUCGAGCCAACGAGUUCCUCGCACACGAACCGUCCUUGUCUCGCCUGCCUCAAACCGCAUCCUUCUGGCGCCUGCGAAUUAAAAGCCGCAAGCGUCGAACACUGCGGCCUCUGCGGCCUAGCGCACUACGGCUACGGCCGCACAUGCCCGCACAUCAGAUCGGAGACGCAAGUGCGCGAGAUGCUCCGAGCACUGAAGAGCUCGCCCGAGAAGAAAGAGCUCGUCGACCUCGCAACGAAGUACCUCCGCGGCGUCAAAGGCACCCUUGUGCAGCAGAAGAAGCGCGAUAGAGAGAAAGCAGCAGGCAUUCCCGGCAACCUCGCCGCGACCAACAGCGCCAUCGCUUUGGCGACAAGUGCAAGAGCACCGUGGCAGCCUGCUGUCAGUGGUGCUGGUCCUGCAACCCCCGGCGACCCAACUUCCAAACCGCCCCAACCAAGCCAGCACAUCAAGCACGGCCAGGGCCAGUACGGACCCUACGCCCCGCCCCAGCAGCACAGCGCGCUGCAGGGGCCGUAUCCCCCACAGCCGGGCAGGGCGCAGACGGGACACGCAGAAGGCCAGUUCGAUGAGCGCGAUGUCGAAAAUGCGCUUAUGGGGUUUUUGGACCAGGAAUGA